AUGGGACUAGAUCUUGACGCUUGCAUUUCUCAACUUUUACAGAAACAGUUACUUGCUGAAUCGCUUAUUCGAGAAAUUUGUGAAAAGACCAAAGAAUUACUAAUGCGUGAAAGUAAUGUUGUCCAUAUAUCCGCUCCUGUGACAGUUGUUGGAGAUAUUCACGGGCAAUUCUACGAUUUGAUAGAAAUAUUUAGAAUUGGUGGUUAUUGUCCUCAUACAAAUUACCUAUUUCUUGGUGUACAGCCGAAUGUUCUUAAAUAUGAAUCGCCUCCUUGUUCGGUUUCUUGCAGGCGAUUACGUGGAUCGAGGGCUAUUCAGCGUAGAAACUAUUUCACUAUUGACUUGUCUAAAGUUACGACCUAUGGAUUUUACACCGAAUGCGUAAGAAAAUAUGGAACUCCUAAUGUUUGGCAAUAUUUUACCGAUAUGUUUGAUUAUUUGACCUUGUCUGUUGUAAUUGAUGAUAGAAUAUUCUGUGUUCAUGGAGAAAUUCCUCAUGAAGGGCCUAUGGCAGAUUUGGUUUGGUCGGAUCCUGAUCCCGAAAAAGAUGAAUUCGCCAUUUCACCAAGAGGCGCUGGCUACACAUUUGGUGGACAAGUUGUUAAUAGAUUUCUUGAAAUUAAUAAAAUGGAACAUAUAUUACGCGCUCAUCAAUUAUGCAUGGAAGGAUAUCAAGUUUUAUAUAAUGAUUGUCUAUCGACAGUUUGGUCAGCCCCUAAUUAUUGUUAUCGAUGUGGUAAUAUGGCAUCAAUUUUAGAAGUUGGUGUUAAUGGAGAAAGAUUCUUCAAUGUAUUUGAUGCAGCGCCUGAAAAUGAAAGAGAUGGACCAUCCCAACAAAUGAAUUUGGAAAGAAAAAAAAAUCUCUCUGAAAAUUAUUUAAAAAAUAAUUUAUGUAAUUCUAGAAAACUAUAA